CAAACGACAGCUGCAGUUCUACAGCACAAGGCAGGCAGAUGUAAGUUGAGUCAAGGCGACGGUGAGAGAGGUGACAAUGAGGUCGAGCGGGAGAAUGGAUUUCCAGCAGCCGGCCCGACUGUCAAGGUGGACUCGGCAGAUGUGAGGAUCUUCUUGUGUUGCCUCAGUGUCAUCGUUUGGAUUUUUUUUUUACAUCGCCAUCCUUUUUUAAACAGCAGGCAGCGUGGAGGUGUAAAACUCCAGCUUGGAGCGAAGCCUCGAAAGGAAACAGCCGCACUCUAAAUCUGCCCAUCAGCCUCUCAUGAGCAUCUGAUUCAAAUGCCGGAAAGCGACGUACAGAGGAAUCCAAGAAAAUCAUUCCGUUUUUACUUUAUUCAUACUUUGGAUACUUUUUAUCCGCACUCCCAUUCUUGUGCCUGGGGAAUAUUGUGAGCUUGUCAGUCCAUUUAUCAAGCGGGAAGUGAUUUCUAACACAAGCAAGGCGUGUGACACUUGCCCCAGGGACGAGGCCACCUUUUACAACCAAACACCCUCAUGGAGCAAAUGAGCCGCACAGUCGCAGCUCAAUCCUAGUUCAUCCACCUGAUUUAAAAAACAAAGCAAAAAAAAAACAUUGGGUAUAUUGGUUACAUAUUUGUUAUUGGGUAGUGCCGAUUUCAGCAUGCAAGUCUCUCUGGUUUGCACGGACCACCGCGGCGGAGUGAGCCGCACCACAGAGGACCGUCUCAACCGGCAAAACGCCAACAGCCCCGGUACGGGGACACGAAGCAAAUUCCGAGCUGUGGCCAUGGUGGCUCGAAGUCUUGGUCAGCUCUCUGUUCAGAGUGUGCCGUCUUCCAGCGAACAAAGCAUGAGGACCGGCAUGAAGUAUAGAAACCUCGGCAAGUCGGGUCUGCGCGUGUCCUGCCUUGGAUUAGGAACAUGGGUGACGUUCGGCGGGCAAAUUACAGAUGAGAUGGCAGAGCAGCUGAUGACUCUGGCGUAUGAAAAUGGCAUCAAUCUGUUUGACACGGCCGAGGUCUACGCUGCGGGGAAGGCUGAGGUGGUGCUGGGGAACAUCAUAAAAAAGAAAGGCUGGAGACGCUCCAGUCUUGUGAUCACAACAAAGAUCUUUUGGGGAGGAAAAGCCGAAACUGAAAGAGGUUUAUCUCGGAAACAUAUUAUAGAAGGUUUAAAAGCUUCUCUGGAGCGACUACAGUUAGACUACGUUGACGUCGUAUUUGCAAACAGACCGGACCCCAACACGCCUAUGGAAGAAACAGUUCGAGCAAUGACCCAUGUGAUAAAUCAAGGCAUGUCCAUGUACUGGGGGACGUCCCGCUGGAGCCCCAUGGAGAUCAUGGAAGCAUAUUCUGUGGCACGACAAUUCAACCAGAUCCCUCCCAUUUGCGAGCAGGCCGAGUAUCACAUGUUUCAGCGAGAGAAGGUGGAGGUGCAGCUACCUGAACUUUUCCAUAAAAUAGGUGUGGGGGCCAUGACGUGGUCGCCGCUGGCCUGCGGGAUCAUCUCAGGGAAAUAUGACGGAAGGGUGCCCCCGUACUCUCGGGCCUCUCUGAAGGGUUACCAGUGGUUGAAGGACAAGAUCUUGAGCGAGGAGGGUCGUCGUCAGCAGGCGAAGUUGAAAGAGCUGCAGGCGAUCGCGGAGCGGCUGGGCUGCACUCUGCCCCAACUCGCCAUCGCAUGGUGUCUACGUAAUGAGGGGGUGAGCUCUGUCCUUUUAGGGGCAUCCAACGCCGACCAACUGAUGGAGAACAUCGGAGCCAUUCAGGUUCUCCCCAAGCUAUCCUCAUCCAUCACACACGAGGUGGACAGCAUCCUGGGCAACAAGCCGUACAGUAAAAAGGACUACCGCUCUUAACGCCCGGUAGCAGCAGCGUGUCCCGCCUUUUUGCCUGAUCCUCCGUUUGCUUGAGCUUCAACCGAGCGAGGGCCCCUCAGCCCCCGAACCCCCUCCCUCAACCUCAACCCUCCUGGCGCAUGAGUGUGGUCGCACCAAAGGGCCACCGGGGGAUCCCUCGCUCACACUUCCAGGGAUAUAGAAAAAGGGGAAAAAAAACUGGCGUCUCUCGAGAGGUUUGCGAAUCAGACAUUCAAUAGGAAAGUGAGUGAAAAACAUAAGCACACGCUGGCGUGGGUGCUCGGAUGUUAUUCUGCCACACCCAGCGAGCUGAUGGUCACACGUGAAGAACACGAGUUCUCGCGUAAUCCUCCGCGUCGUCUUGUUUGUGUCUUUGUUUGACAACAAUCAGCACUUUAGUAUGGUCAGUGUCGCUACCCUACAGCAUUUUCAGCCACCGCACAUUCACUACACAGGAAAAUAAAGAAGUGGCCUCCUGAUAGUUCAACUUAGCAUCCUCCACUUUUACCGUUUUUUUUUUUCCUUUAAUUGCGAUGCUCCACUCUCUUUCCAAAUUUUUUUUUUUCAACACCUCCUGUUCUAUUAUCCUCGUACGCAUAGUUCACACGCCUGUGUCUUUAGCUUUAACGUUAGCUUUAGCUGUAACAUUUAGCUCAAGGAAAGCAGCUAGCUUUACCUUUAAUGUUAACUGGGUGAAGCGGACAUGUUGGCUCGCGUUCACGAUCAUGCGGUGUUAACAUGUCUUAGUUUUUGACAUUCGCUUCAACGUUAACUUUAGCUUUAACGUUCGCCUUAAUGUUAGCUAGAGAAGCAGCCAUAUUGGCUCGUGGUUGCCAUCAGGUUCCGUUGACGUGCCCGUGUCUUAAGUGUGAACUUUGUCAAUAGGAAGGAGCCAUCUUGUCUCCUUUUUGCCAUCACUGGGCGUUAACUGCAGAAGCGUGAAAUGCCAAUAUGGCGUAAACAUUUUGGACUGUGCUUUGUUGUUCGAAUGUACUGCAAAGACAUUUGAACAUAUUUGGUAAAGUCGUUUGAGCAUAUUCGUAAAAUAUCGUUUAAAUACGACUAACAAUAUUUUUUCCCAUAUUGCCACGAGGUAUUGUAGGGAAGUGUGGAAUUGCUCAAAAACUGACGGUUAUCCCCAUUAACUGUGACAAUAUUAGCCCUUGUUCAGCAUCAAAUAGGGUUAAUGUGACACUGUCUUUCGGUCUAACAUUGAGUUUUUAACCCUACUUGUUCUCCAUUAGAGGGUUUUACUGCAUUUGGAUCUUUAGCUUUGCCAUUCGCUUUUGUUACUUGACCAUUUUCACCCAUGUUCUCCAUCAGCGCUCAUUAGCGCUUUUAGCUAAAGGGAGCAGGAUCUAGUUUUCCAUUAAAGGGUGUUCAUGUGCUUUUGUGUUUAGUUUUAACGUUUUUGCCACAGAGCAAACAUAUUGGCUGUCCGUGAAAGGAUGUUUGCACAUGUGUGUCUUUAGUGUGAGCAUUAGCUAGAGGAAGCGACAGUCUUUGCUCUUGUUUUCUUGGCCUGAGAUUUUGUCUUGAGUGUUUUGCCUUAUCGUGUCCCGCCAGCUGCAUAGCCCUUGUCACAAUGUUUUUGGUGUGCACAGAAUACAAAUCAUAGUAGGGCUGAAACUAACAUUGAUUAAUUUAUUUGGUCAUCUAUCCCUUUUAUUAAAAAAACAAUACCAAAAUAAACAUGACAUUAUUUCAUAUUGACAGUGCAGAACAUGCACAAACAAAUUAUUUAUGAUUCAGUGACUGGUUUGAACAUGAGCAAAAAUGUUGAUCAAUAUACUGUAUUCCAAAUUAAAAGCAAAUGCUUCAUUUUGAUUCAAGUUAAAUAAUGCUCUAAAUGAUUACCCCAUUAUCAAAAAUACUCAAUUCAGGGACUACAACUACUAAAUUAUUAAAUUAAUUGUUGCACCUGUAGAUCUGUAGAAUGUUCCAUGUUGGUAAGUAAAAAUUUCAAAAUGUCUCUCCCCCCCCCCCCCCCACACGAAAAACCACACACCCAUUUAGAACCGUUGUGAAUUUUUCUAUUUGAAAAAUGAACAAAAAACGGUUCUGCUUGUGUGCUGCAAAUGCAGUAUCAUGAAGAAUUGGAGGAUCCCCACUGGGGUUCAUUGGGUUCAUUUAAAUCCUACCAUGCAUAUGUAGUUUUGAGUUGCAAGCAUGACCUUGGCAUAAACAAGUUGCUACGGCAACAAUCUGUAUGAGGAAGGGAUGAAGGGAUUUUUUUUUUUCUGUGGCAGCAGCUCAGGGAAGCAAGCAGGUGUUUUUGUUGGCUUUGGACAUGUGCUGUGUGUGUGUGUGUGUGUGUGUGUGUGUGUGUGUGUGUGUGUGUGUGUGUUUUAUUUUGGGGUUGCAAGCCAAAGAUCCCUCCAACACUCCCAGUGAUGGGGGAAACGAUGACCUGAGAACAGUAAACAGAAUUCGAAAAGGAUACACGCGUCCUUCGUCUUGGCUGCUCACUACAAUUUCAACAAUUUAUUUUAAUUAAACUCCAUUUGCAAUUGCAAAUUAUGUCAGAACAGAUGCUGGUAUAAUUAGCAUGGCUUGGAUCAAACUGCAAUGUAGCCACUUCUCAGUUAGUUCCGAUUUUCAGCAGAGACCAUUGAAGCGGCAUCUUGUAAGGCUGUUGUGGGCAAAAUGCUGUGAAACAAAAUACACUUUUGCACUUGACCAAACUUAAGUACAAAAAUAAAAGCAUGAAUUACCACAAUGUUAACAAUAGGUUUAGGUUUUGACUCUUGACUCCCCACCCCACCCCGACCCCUCUCCCUGGUCUCC